AUGUUCACACGUUUUUCUCGACAUUGGUUUUUGUAUAAACUUUUGAAUUAUGAACAAAUUUCUUUUCAAAAGUUUUUAUCAUUCUUACAUGGAACACAUGUUAUUCAUGCACCAUUUUAUCGUAAUUUAUGGAUUACUACUGGAACAAUAUUUCUUGGCAUACUUCCAUAUACAGUUAUUUUUAUGUUUCCAACAAAUAAACUUAUAAUUGGAGAUAACAAACGUGUUCAAUCAGGAAGUGAAAGUCAAAUUAAUGUUAGUAUAAGAAAAGGAUUAUUAGAUAAAUGGGCUAUGCUUCAUUUGGUUCGUACUGUUGGUUCAGUUAUUAGUUUUGGUGCUAUGUUAUUUGGACUUAAUCAUCAUAAAUUGCUUCAUUUAGGAUAG